UACAGUCCAUCGUAUCAUCUUCCUUCCCGGACGGCUUGUUGAAUCAUGUAUUGCAAUUGUUCUCAAAGACACGUUGAAUGCUCUGUGUUAUCUUCAUGAUCAAGGCUACCUUCAUAGAGAUGUGAAGGUGGGUAAUAUUUUGAUGGACUCGAACGGUGCAGUUAAGCUAGCUAGCAGACUUUGGUGUCUCUGCUUCGAUUUUCCAGCCGAGUUCGGGUAGAGGGUCGUCGGGAUCAUCGUCCGGGAGGCUCACAGACUUCGCUGGGACGCCGUAUUGGAUGGCACCGGAGGUGAUACACUCGCAUACAGGGUACAGUUUCAAGGCUGAUAUAUGGUCUUUUGGUAUCUCCGCGUUGGAAUUAGCUCAUGGAAGGCCGCCUCUGUCUCACCUCCCUCCUUCGAAGUCCCUCUUCAUGAAGAUCACAAAUCGGUUUCGAUUCUCGGAUUAUGAGAAGAUCAACCAGAGCCUGAAGAACAAGAAAUUCUCGAAAUCUUUUAAGGACAUGGUUGCUUUGUGCCUUGAUCAAGACCCGUCCAAGAGGCCUUCUGCUGAGAAACUAUUGAAGCACUCCUUCUUCAAGAAUUGAAGAGGGUCGGAUUUUCCGGUGAAUAAUAUCUUGCAAGGGUUUGCCUAGUGUGGAACAGAGGUUCAAGCUAUGGAAACUUCAAUCUCAAU